UUUUCAUUUCCGCUUUUGAUCCGUCGCUCAUGCAGAACUCCUCUGGCAUCCUCCCGACGAGCUCGUCCUCGACGCCGGCCGCCGAGCCCGCGCCGGUCGGCCCUGCCCUGGAGCGAUGCCACGCCCUGACGCCGGAAGCGCCCAAGCCACUGGCCAAGGCCGUCGAGGUGACCCCGCUCGAAGCGGCAACCGCGCUCGCGACCGAGACGCCGCAGGAGCCCGAGAAGCCGUCCAAGGUUGAGCAGUCGAACAAGCGCAAGUGCUGGUCGUGCAAAGCCAAGAUUGGUCUCUCUGCGAUCACGUGCCGCUGCGGCUACACGUUUUGCACGCGCCACCGGUACGCCGAGGAGCACAACUGCACAUUCGACUUUCGGCGCCAGGCCAAGCGCAAGCUGGAGGAAGAGAACCCGCUCGUCGUGCCCAUGAAGGUUGCACGCAUCAACUAGACGACCCGUACCAUAUAGAGUUAGGACCACCCCGUAGAUUACCAGGAACGAAUUUACAAAUUAAGAUUAUAUAUUCAAUUCGACCGUGCGA